AUGGCAGAGUCGGGCCGCCUUGUCAGAAAGUGGCCCGCUGUCCUAGGCUUCGACGCCACGGGUGUCGUCAAGAAGCUUGGGGAAGGUAUCACAGAACUCGCAGUUGGCGACAAAGUGCAAGCGCGCUUCAAAACUUUCGUCAUGCAUGCCGCAACAUUUAUCGAUCCGGUAGUGACCACAUUCCAGCAGUACGUCGUUAUGAACGCAGAAUUCGCCGCGAAAACCCCUUCGAAUAUCACCCUGGAUCAAGCUGCCACCAUCCCUAUAACUGUGGCGACCGCCGCUCUUGGGCUGUACGACAAGAAGCAGAAACCUCAUGGCGGUAUUGGCCUGACUCCACCCUGGGAAGAAGGCGGGGGAGGCAAGUAUGCCGGCGAGCCCAUUGUCAUCCUGGGUGGUGCUUCAGGCGUCGGUCAACAUGAGAUAGAGUUUGCAGAGAUAUCUGGAUUCUCUCCCAUCAUCACGACUGCUUCGUUGAGCAACGAAGAGUACAUCAAGUCCCUCGGUGCAAUGCAUGUCAUCGACCGGACCCUGACUUUGUCAGAACUCCCUGCACACAUCAUGCAGAUCACAAACAAACCCGUCAAGUACGGCUACGACGCGAUUGCCGUCCCAGACACACAGAAUGCGCUCUAUGACGUAGUCGCGCCCAGCGGACAACUCGUCGUUGUCAGGAAGCCUGCCAUAGACGAGACGAAGCUUGCGAAAGGCGAUAAGUACAUUGCACAGUUGCUCGCAGAUGUCCAGCUGCCGGCCCAGCAGGAGUCGAAGCCGGGGAAAUCAGAGUUUGUCAUGAUUUUGCUCUAA